AGCCAAUAUGCCACCACCAAGCCCCUCGUCCUCUCACAGGCCAUGGCUUCCACCAACCUUCCAUUUGUUGCAGCAUCACCUGGAAGAGACGACCUGCAUGCCUUCCACAGCCAUGAUCAAGGGACGGUGGUGGGGAAUUCAUCAUCAACGGCAUGUAGGAUUUGUGGUGACGAGAUCGGCCGGAAUGAAAAUGGAGAGAUGUUUGUGGCUUGCCGGCAAUGCGGCUUCCCGGUAUGCCGUCCUUGCUAUGAAUAUGAAAGGAGGGAAGGCAACCAGACUUGUCCCAAAUGCCAUGCCCGCUACAAGCGCCACAAAGGGAGCCCACGAGUUGAAGGCGAUGAAGAGGACGAUGUCGAUUAUAAUGACUUGGAAGAUGAAUUUCAGAUUAAGAACACCAAAGAAGCACAUGAACUACACCAAUCUUCACCUUUUACUCAAUCGGGAAAUGGAGAUCAUCAUGCCCCGCUGUGGCAGCCCACUCGUGGUGCCUUUUCAUCCAUUGCUGGGAGCAUUGUAAGCAAGGACUUCGAGGGGGAGAAGGAGAUGUAUGGGAAUGCAGAGUGGGAGGAGAGGGUGGAGAAGUGGAAAGCGCGCCAAGAGAAGAAGGGAUCGUCGGUGCAUCACGACGGCAAAACCGGCGAUGAUCCAGUGGAUGCAGAUGACUACUUGAUAGCUGAAGCCCGUCAGCCUAUGUGGAGAAAGGUCCCAGUUCCGUCAAGGUUGGUCAACCCGUACCGAAUCGUGAUCGUGCUCCGGCUCGUGAUCCUCUGCUUCUUUUUCCGGUUCCGGAUCCUCAACCCGGCCAAGGAUGCAUACGCCCUCUGGCUUAUUUCCAUCAUUUGUGAGAUCUGGUUCGCGCUCUCAUGGAUCUUGGAUCAGUUCCCCAAAUGGUUCCCGAUCAACCGGGAAACCUACCUGGACCGGCUGACGGCUCGGUAUGAGCAGGAAGGCGAACCGGACCGGCUCGCAGCGGUGGACGUCUUCGUGAGCACGGUGGACCCGAGCAAGGAGCCACCGCUGAUCACAGCCAACACGGUGCUGUCCAUACUGGGCGUUGACUACCCGGUUCAGAAGGUGAGCUGCUACGUCUCGGACGACGGAGCGUCCAUGCUGCUGUUCGAUACGCUGUCCGAGACGGCCGAGUUCGCAAGGAGGUGGGUGCCGUUCUGCAAGAAGUUCAGCAUAGAGCCGCGGGCCCCGGAGUUUUAUUUCUCCCAAAAGAUCGACUAUCUUAAGGAUAAGGUCCAGCCCACAUUCGUCAAGGAGCGGAGGGCCAUGAAGCGAGAAUAUGAAGAGUUCAAGGUGAGGAUCAACGCAUUGGUGGCCAAGUCCCAGAAAGCGCCGGAAGAGGGCUGGGUGAUGCAGGAUGGCACUCCAUGGCCCGGAAACAACACCAGAGACCACCCUGGAAUGAUCCAAGUUCAUCUGGGAAGCGAAGGUGCGCGUGACAUAGAUGGGAAUGAGCUCCCUAGACUAGUGUAUGUGUCGCGAGAGAAGCGACCCGGCUACCAACAUCAUAAGAAGGCUGGUGCUAUGAAUGCACUGGUUCGAGUUUCAGCAGUGCUCACAAACUCACCCUUCAUGCUCAAUCUUGACUGCGAUCACUACAUAAACAACAGCAAGGCAGUGAGGGAAGCCAUGUGCUUCUUAAUGGAUCCCCAACUGGGGAAGAAACUUUGCUAUGUUCAGUUUCCCCAAAGAUUCGAUGGGAUCGAUCUUCACGAUCGAUACGCAAAUCGCAACAUCGUCUUCUUUGAUAUCAACAUGAGAGGUCUUGAUGGAAUUCAAGGACCUGUUUAUGUAGGUACAGGAUGUGUGUUCAAUCGCCAGGCUCUAUAUGGCUAUGAACCCCCUGUCUCAGAGAAGCCUCCCAAGAUGACAUGUGACUGCUGGCCUUCAUGGUGCUGUUGCUGCUGUUGCUUCACCAAAUCAAGAAGAAAGACCAAGGCCAAGGCCAAGUCCAAAAAAUUAGGAGGCCUCUUGGGACUGUUUGGAAGGAAGAAGAAGAAGGCCAUUUCCAAGUUCUCCAGAAGAAGAGAGAAAUUCAUACAGCUUGAAGAGAUUGAGGAAGGGCUUGAAGGGUAUGAAGAACUCGAAAAAUCGUCAUUGAUGUCGCAGAAGAACUUUGAGAAGAGAUUCGGCCAGUCGCCUGUUUUCAUCGCUUCGACUCUCAUGGAAGAUGGAGGCAUUCCGGCCGGCACCAACCCCAGUUCACUCAUAAAGGAAGCUAUUCAUGUCAUCAGCUGUGGCUAUGAGGAGAAAACAGAGUGGGGCAAAGAGAUUGGCUGGAUAUAUGGAUCAGUAACAGAGGAUAUAUUGACUGGAUUCAAGAUGCAUUGUAGGGGAUGGAAGUCAGUUUAUUGCAUGCCUUCAAGGGCUGCAUUUAAGGGUUCUGCGCCCAUCAACCUGUCAGAUAGGCUGCACCAAGUCCUUAGGUGGGCGCUGGGCUCGGUGGAAAUCUUCCUCAGCAGGCAUUGCCCACUGUGGUAUGGUUAUGGUGGCAACCUCAAAUGGCUGGAGCGCUUGGCCUACAUCAACACCAUCGUCUACCCUUUCACAUCCAUCCCCCUACUCGCCUACUGCACCAUUCCAGCAGUAUGCCUUCUCACAGGAAAAUUCAUCAUCCCAACGCUUACUAGCUUUGCUAGCUUGUGGUUCAUUGGGCUUUUCCUCUCCAUCAUAGCCACUGGAGUGCUGGAACUUCGGUGGAGCAAAGUAAGCAUCCAAGAUUGGUGGCGAAAUGAGCAAUUCUGGGUGAUUGGUGGCGUCUCUGCACACCUCUUCGCAGUCUUCCAGGGCUUACUCAAGGUGCUAGGAGGUGUGGAUACAAACUUCACAGUUACAGCAAAAGCAUCUGGUGACGAAGACGAGUUUGGAGAGCUUUACCUCUUCAAGUGGACUACUCUGCUGAUCCCGCCGACGACCUUGAUCAUCCUGAACAUGGUUGGAGUUGUUGCAGGUGUUGCAGAUGCCAUUAACAAUGGGUACAGCUCCUGGGGACCCCUGUUUGGGAAGCUCUUCUUCGCCUUCUGGGUCAUAGUUCACCUGUACCCUUUCCUCAAGGGGCUCAUGGGCAGGCAGAACAGGACUCCUACCAUUGUUGUCCUGUGGUCUGUUCUCUUGGCAUCGAUCUUCUCUCUGGUUUGGGUCCGCAUUGACCCCUUCCUGCCCAAGCAAGAAGGCCCCAUUCUCAGACAGUGUGGUGUUGAGUGUUAGGUAGUCUCUCAAGAGAAAGAGACCGCUUCUUUUUGCUUCGCUCCAUUGCAGCUUCUAUUGUCACUCAUGGUGAGGAUGAUCAUCAGCUUUUUUCCACUUUUUUGGGCACCUGGCCAUGCUAUUAAUGUAAUACAAUGCGAAAUUUACUUAUUCAAAUGCAAGUAAAUUGGUACUUGACUA